CUUUAAAUUCAAAAGAAUGCCUACUGUUGUUGUGCAUCCGCGUCACCCAGCUUCUAGAUAUAGAUGCAGUUUCACGGUUGUAGGGACUUUCCAAGUCCUCAUAGGUUUGAUUUGUGCAAUUCUUGGAGUUGUUCUGAUUAUUCAAUUUGGUACAUCGCAAAAUUCCAGCUCUGGUAUUGGAACUGGUAUUUUGUACACAAUCACUGGAAUACUGGCUCUAUCUGCUGGGAAUUCGCCUUCACAGUGUAAUGUAAUCGCUGGAAUGGUAUUUGCAAUUCUCUCCGCCAUUUCAGCAGCAGCAAAUAUUGCGCUCGGAAUUAUGGCUUUAGAACUACUGGCGCAUUACUCGCGUCAAAGCUCUCGAUAUCGAGUUAACGAGAGCGCGUACGCGAUUAUCAUCACUGUGAUCGUUGUAUGCGUUUUUGAAUUUAUAUUUUCAAUCGCACACACAAUUAUAAGUUGCUGCGGAAGUUGCUGUGCGUCUGACCUUCAGACCACCCCGUCUACACACCCAGGCAUGGUAUCUGCUCCACCUGCUUAUGGUCAAACAAAUAUUUCAGAAGUACGAAAAUGAUAAGUUGCCAGAACGUGACAUCAAAGGUCAAGACGCUGGCAAAGUGUUACUUACAAAGACACAGGAAGUUGAUCGAACUAUCACAUCUUUCAGAAAAUAUUCAUCGUUUGCCAUUUGUUAAUUUUUCAUGUUGCAUCAAUGGAGACAUUAGCUUUCCCUCUCUUUUUUGAUUUUAUAAUUUAAAUCCCCGAGUUUUAGAGAAUGAUGUCGAUUUCUUUUAAUGUCAUUCCGAGUAAAAGCUUCAGGUUACGACCAAAGGUGGAAUCCAAUAAAGUAGUCAUGUUUUAGACAAUACAUUUCGAAUGUCGUAAAAUGCUUUUUUUUUCAGUUGUAUCUUGUUUUAUUGUUACGUAAUUUCUCAAAAUGUUUUUGUGUUCAUAUGUUUAUAUAUAAAAAUAAACAGUAUAUACCUUGAA